CUCCCUGCAUCCUCCCGCGAGCAUCACUCUGCACCGACACAGACGUCGUCACACCGAGCGGGCGCGGAUCUGUCAGCUGACGUAUGAAGUCUUUAUCUCCCGAAUCAGCGGCCGGUGUUCGGUGAUUUCUCCUUUGUGCAGCUGGUUCUCUAUGGAUGUAAAGUGACGGACGCCAGCAGUUAGUCGGUGCCAUCUCCAUCUCUGCGUUCUUCUCCCCGCACGGUCAAGACCGCAGCCCUCUGGCCCACAAAAUGGCGGACAUCGUCGAGCUGGGACCCGCCUACGCCGUAUCCCCAGUGCUGGCAGGCUUCCUCGGGGCUGGUGUUUUGGUUCUGGUCGUAGUGGUUCUGGUUCUACUCUGGUCCUUCUGUCAGCGCCGUUACUUGCACGUGUCCGGGCGAUACAAGCUGCACGGUGACAGUUACUGCGACGCAGAGGACCCUCCCUACAAGUUUAUUCACAUGCUGAAAGGCAUCAGUAUUUACCCAGAAUCCCUCAGCAGCAGCAAGAGGAUCGUGCGCAGUAUCCGCCGGGCCGACCGUGAUGGGGAGCGAGGCGGCACCGCCCCCGCAGGGAGGGGCAUGGUGCUGGUAGACGCAGAGAACAACAUCCUGGACGUCCCGGGGCAGCUGCAGAUGAGCCACCUCGUUCCACCAGCGGGACUGGGCACGACACACAACCAGGCCCGGCUGGAGCGGGCUUUGCCGGUCCGUGCCGACUACUGCUGCCUGGACAGCAGUUCAGCAAGCAGCAGCCAGACCAGCAGCAAGACGGCAUCCCCGUUCACACCAGCCUCCUCGGAGCCAGAACCAGAGCCCAGCUUGGGCUCCAUCAGCCUCACCGUUGACUACAACUUCCCCAAGAAGGCUCUGGUGGUGACCAUUGUCGGGGCCCGGGGCCUCCCCGCUGUGGACGAGCAGGCCGGCAGCUCUGACCCCUAUGUGAAGAUGACCAUCCUGCCAGAGAAGAAGCACCGAGUGAAGACCCGCGUGUUGAGGAAGACCCUGGACCCUCUGUUUGACGAGACCUUCACCUUCUACGGCGUGGCCUACAGCUCUUUGCCUGAGCUCAUGCUGCACUUCCUGGUCCUCAGUUUUGAUCGCUUUGCGCGCGACGAUGUCAUUGGGGAGGCUGUGGUGCCGCUGAAGGGUGUGGACCCAAGUACAGGCAGAGUCCACCUGAGCCAGCAGAUCACCAAGAGGAACAUGCAGUGUGAAAGCCGUGGAGAGGUGCUGGUGUCUCUGUCCUACCAGCCGGUGUCUCAUCGUCUCAGUGUGGUCGUCCUUAAGGCUCGACACCUUCCCAAGAUGGACAUCACCGGCCUGUCAGCAAACCCCUAUGUUAAGGUGAAUGUCUUCUAUGGUCGCAAACGCAUCGCUAAGAAAAAGACCCAUGUGAAGAAGUGUACGCUAAACCCGGUCUUCAACGAGUCCUUCAUCUAUGACAUCCCACCAGAGCUGCUACCUGAGAUCUCUGUGGAGUUCCUGGUGGUCGACUUUGACCGAACCACCAAGAACGAGGUGCUUGGUCGCCUGCUGCUCGGCCUCCACAGCCCUUCCACCUCCGGAGCAUCACACUGGAAGGAUGUCUGUGAAAACCCCCGCAGGCAGAUUUCCAAGUGGCACAACCUGAGCGAGUACUGAGGGAGGACCUGCAGCAUCUGGCUGGGACUCCACCAGUGACACCACUGGAAAUAAAGCCCAGUGCACCACCACCCAGCUACACACGCACACAGACAGACAGACAGACAUACACACACACACACACACACACACACACACACACACACACACACACACACACACACACACACACACACAGAAAGACACACACACACACACACACUCUAUUGUGAUCAUAGUUAAACUCUAUUAUCUCCCUCUAAACAUCUGCUCCCACAAGUUUAAGAAAAGUCCUGCAGCCCAUAAAGUAAGAAAAGCAUCAAGUCCAUUCCUAAGGCUGUUCUCAUGUCUCCUGGCUGUCGAUGUGUGUAGAUGGGGAGCAAUGUCACUCAUCAGAAAAAAGAUAAACGUUCCCCUCCUACUGUUGUUGUCAUGCAGUUCAUUGCAUGUCUGUGAAAAGAAAACCCCUCCAGACGAGGAGUGGAGACCUGCUGCUCUCUAGGUAAACACACAACAUAUCCAAGCUUCAGUGGGACCAGAUGAGAGACGCUCGACGCUGUGCUGAGAUGUUCUCCAGCUCACUGACGGUUCCACUCCUGUCGAUCCUCAGACUGUGGGUCUCCUGACUGAAGACUGUGUAGAUGCUAAUAAUCACCUGCAAGCAGACCAAGAGACCAUGUAAAAUACUUGUUUGUAACAUGAAUGCUUUACACUAAUGUUGAUCCCAGAGAAGAGAGCAGCUGUGCUGAUGUUCUGUUCAGUGGUGCUGCAGUCAUCAGGGUCAGACCGGACGUGGACCAGCUGAUAGAGAGGAAUCGGGUUCUGGGUGUUAAUCAGUCAUGUGUCUGUAGGGAUGAAGUUUUAUAGUAUGAUUUUAUUCUCACAUUAAAUCUUGAUGUCAGACAUUUGUUCCAAUCUAACCAAAGGCAAGAAGAGAAAAUAAAAGUUGGUUCAGUUAUAUGAUUUCUAGAGAGUCCGUGUCAGACGAUGACGGUCUGGACCCAGAACCAGCACGGCUGCCCUCAGCUCCAGUGGCCCUCCCUCCAUCUGGAGCAGCUUCAUUCUCUGCACUGAUUCGGUAUCAGUUUCUCCCUGUGGACAUUUCAGCUGUUCUCCUGAUUUUAAACCUAGUGAAGUGAACUUUUGUUCAUUCAGAUGUUGACCUGCUCGCUAACAUGUCAGAUUAAAACCCUGUCAAACUGAAGUCACUUGACUCCUGCAGACUCUGAGGUCCUGGAGGAGCCUCAGAGUCUGUUCCUUUCAGCGGUUGUGGAUUUGUACAGAUGUCAAGCUGUUGCUGGUUCCUUCCUGUCUGAUGUGUUUGAGCGCCCCCUGCUGUAGACCUGGAUGCUGACCUCUGUUGGCUUUGUUAACAUUGGACGUGCAAAUAAAAGACAAGUAGCCAUGAUGGUUUCUAGUGUGA